AUGCCCGCCUGCGCCCCGCCGCGCCGCCCGUCGCCGCCGCCGCUGCUGCUCUUGCUGUUGGCCCUGGGCGGCCGCCGCCUGCGCGCUGAGCCGGGCGAUGGCGCGCAGACCUGGGCCCGCUUCGCACAUCCUCCGUCCCCCGAGGCCGCGGGCCUCCUCCAUGACACCUUCCCCGACGGCUUCUUCUGGGCCGUGGGCAGCGCCGCCUACCAGACAGAGGGCGGCUGGCGGCAGCACGGCAAGGGCGCGUCCAUCUGGGACACAUUCACCCACCACCCCUCGGCACCCCCGAACACUCCCUUGCCGUCGGACACCCAGUCUCCACCCCCGCCCGCCACCGGAGACGUGGCCAGCGACGGCUACAAUAAUGUUUUCCGCGACACAGAGGGGCUGCGCGAACUCGGGGUCACCCAUUACCGCUUCUCCAUUUCCUGGGCUCGGGUGCUCCCCAAUGGCAGCGCGGGCGCCCCCAACCGCGAGGGGCUGCGCUACUAUCGGCGCCUGCUGGAGCGGCUGCGGGAGCUGGGCAUACAGCCCGUGGUCACCCUGUACCACUGGGACCUGCCGCAGCGCCUGCAGGACGCCUACGGCGGCUGGGCCAACAGCUCCCUGGCCGACCACUUCAGGGAUUACGCCGAGCUCUGCUUCCGCCACUUCGGCGGCCAGGUCAAGUACUGGAUCACCAUCGACAACCCUUACGUGGUAGCCUGGCACGGCUAUGCCACUGGGCGCUUGGCCCCUGGUGUCCAGGGCAGCGCGCGGCUUGGGUACCUGGUGGCGCACAAUCUCCUCCUGGCUCAUGCCAAAAUUUGGCAUCUCUACAAUGCUUCUUUCCGCCCAACCCAGGGAGGCCAGGUGUCUAUCGCCCUCAGCUCCCACUGGAUCACUCCUCGAAGAAUGACUGAUCACAACAUCCAAGAAUGUCAAAAGUCUCUUGACUUUGUCCUAGGCUGGUUUGCCAAGCCCCUAUUUAUUGAUGGAGAUUAUCCUGAGAGCAUGAAGAAGAAUCUCUCAUCUCUUCUGCCUGAUUUUACUGAAUCUGAGAAAAAGCUCAUCAAAGGAACAGCUGAUUUUUUUGCUCUUUCCUUUGGACCAACUUUGAGUUUCCAAUUGUUGGAUCCUCAAAUGAAGUUCCGUCAACUAGAGUCUCCCAGCCUGAGGCAGUUGCUUUCCUGGAUAGACCUGGAAUACAAUCACCCUCAGAUAUUUAUUGUGGAAAAUGGCUGGUUUGUCUCAGGGACCACCAAGAGAGAUGAUGCCAAGUAUAUGUAUUACCUCAAAAAGUUCAUAAUGGAAACGUUAAAAGCUCUCAGGCUGGAUGGGGUUGAUGUCAUUGGGUACACAGUGUGGUCCCUCAUGGAUGGUUUUGAGUGGCACCGUGGAUACAGCAUCAGACGCGGACUCUACUAUGUUGAUUUUCAGAGCCAGGACAAGAAGUUGCUGCCAAAGUCUUCAGCCUUGUUCUACCAAAACCUGAUAGAGAAAAAUGGCUUCCCUCCUUUACCUGAAAAUCAACCCCUAGAAGGGACAUUUUCCUGUGACUUUGCUUGGGGAGUUGUUGACAACUACAUUCAAGUAGACACAACCUUGUCUCAGUUCACAGACCCCAAUGUUUACCUGUGGGAUGUCCACCACAGCAAGAAGCUCAUUAAGCUGGACGGGGUUAUGACCAGGAAAAGGAAAUCAUACUGUGUGGACUUCGCUGCCAUCAGGCCCCAGAUAGCCUUACUCCAGGAAAUACAUGUCACUCAUUUUCACUUCUCCCUGGACUGGGCCCUCGUCCUCCCCCAGGGCAAUCAGUCUCAGGUGAACCACACGGUCCUGCGCUACUACCGCUGCGUGGUCAGCGAGCUGGUGCGUGCCAACAUUACGCCCGUGGUGGCCCUAUGGCAACCUGCGGCACCCUACCAGGGCUUGCCGCCUCCCUUAGCCAAGCAGGGUGCCUGGGAGAACCCGCACACUGCCCUGGCCUUUGCGGAGUAUGCCCGGCUGUGCUUUCAGGAGUUGGGCCACCGUGUCAAGUUCUGGAUCACCAUGAACGAACCGUACACGCGCAACAUGACCUACAGGGCAGGGCACCACCUGCUCAAGGCGCACGCACUGGCCUGGCAUGAGUACAAUGAGAAGUUCAGGCCUGCCCAGAAGGGCAGAAUAUCCAUAGCCCUGCAGGCGGACUGGAUAGAGCCCGCCUGCCCCUUCUCCCAGAAGGACAAGGAGGUGGCCGAGAGAGUACUGGAAUUUGACAUUGGCUGGCUAGCCGAGCCCAUUUUCGGCUCCGGAGAUUAUCCCAGCGUGAUGAGAGAAUGGCUGAAUCAAAGAAACAAUUUUCUUCUCCCGUAUUUCACCGAAGAGGAAAAACAGCUAAUCCAGGGUUCCUUUGACUUUUUGGCUGUAAGCCAUUACACCACCAUCCUUGUAGACUGGGAAAAAGAAGAUCCAAUAAAAUAUAACGACUACCUGGAAGUGCAGGAAAUGACUGACAUCACAUGGCUCAGUUCUCCCGGGCAGGUGGCUGUGGUGCCCUGGGGCUUAAGAAAAAUACUGAACUGGCUGAAGCUCAAGUACGGAGAUCUCCCCGUGUAUAUCAUUGCUAACGGGAUUGAUGAUGACCCGCACGUGGAACAAGACCAGCUGAGGAUGUAUUACAUUCGCAACUAUGUAAAUGAAGCGCUCAAAGCCUAUAUAUUGGAUGGAAUUGAUCUUCGCGGGUACUUUGCAUACUCAUUUAACGACCGCUCGGCUCCCAAGUUUGGCCUCUAUCGUUACGCUGCAAACCAGUUUGAAGCCAAACCAUCCAUGAAACAUUACAGGAAAAUUGUCGACAGCAAUGGCUUCCCGGGCUCGGAAGCACAGGGGAGAUUUUGUCCAGAACAACUCACUGUGUGCACUGAGUGUGGCUUUUUUCACACCCGGAAGUCUAUACUGGGUUUCCUAGCUUUUCUAUUGUUAGCUUUUAUUAUUUCUCUUUCUCUGAUUUUUUACUACUCAAAGAAAAGCAGAAGUUACAAAUAG